UCCAUUUCCCUCCCUCGCAGUGAGAAUUCCUCUCUACCUGUCUGAACAAGGAGAGUCAGAGCGCCGUGGGGCGAGGGAAGAAAAGAUAGACGUAAAGAAAGAGGGCAGAGGGAAAAAGGAAUCACGAGAGUGAAAAUAGGAGGAACAAAGGGCACAUAUUUAAAGAGCACAAACAGGAAAGAGGUGUGUUAGGGAACAGAGAGAGAGUGAGUGAGAGAGAGAGAGAGAGAGAGAGAGAGGAGUCCGUCGGAGCAGAAUUUGCAGUUUGCUGGGCCGUGUUCUGAAACUCUCCGGGACCUGUGGCUAUUUUGGUUCGUCAGUUUCGGAGCGGUUUAGGAUGGAUGCCAUAAUGCUGCAGGAAAAACUGGUGGAGCGGCUGCUGUGUCCACGAGUGAGAACUGCCAGGCAGAAGGAGAAACAGUAUGUGGGUUUUGCAACGCUGCCCAACCAGGUCCACAGGAAGUCGGUGAAGAAAGGCUUCGACUUCACUCUGAUGGUGGCAGGAGAGUCUGGUAUGGGUAAAUCCACUCUGGUCAACAGCCUGUUCCUAACAGACCUUUACAAAGACAGGAAGCUACUGAAUGCUGAGGAGCGAAUCAACCAGACAGUGGAGAUCAUAAAACACACUGUAGACAUCGAGGAGAAAGGAGUCAAGCUCAAGCUGACCAUCGUGGACACACCGGGGUUCGGAGACGCCGUCAACAACAAUGAGUGCUGGAAGCCAAUCACAGACUAUAUAGACCAGCAGUUUGAGCAAUACUUCAGAGAUGAGAGUGGACUGAACAGAAAGAAUAUCCAGGACAACAGAGUCCACUGCUGCCUCUACUUCAUCCCUCCAUUUGGACAUGGCCUGCGUCCGGUGGAUGUGGAGUUCAUGAAGGCCCUGCAUGAAAAAGUGAACAUAAUUCCACUCAUUGCAAAAGCUGAUUGCCUCACACCAAACGAGAUAAAGAAGCUCAAAGACAGAAUACGAGAGGAAAUAGACAAGUUUGGGAUUAAAGUGUACCAGUUCCCAGAAUGUGACUCCGAUGAGGAUGAAGAGUUCAAACAACUUGACAAAGAGCUGAAGGAGUGCACCCCGUUCGCUGUGAUUGGCAGUAACACAGUGGUAGAGGCUCGAGGGCAGAGAGUGAGAGGAAGACUGUAUCCUUGGGGGAUUGUUGAAGUGGAGAACCAGUCACACUGUGACUUUGUGAAACUGAGGAACAUGCUGAUCCGCUCACACAUGCACGACCUGAAAGACGUGACCUGCGACGUCCACUAUGAGAACUACAGAGCACAGUGUAUACAGGAGAUGACCAGUAAACUGGCUCAGGACAAUCGUAUGGAGAGUCCCAUUCCCAUCCUGCCGCUGUCCACUCCAGAUGUGGAAACUGAGAAACUAAUCAAGAUGAAAGACGAGGAGCUGAAGAGGAUGCAGGAGAUGCUGAACAAAAUGCAGCAGCAGAUGCACGACAAAGAGCAGUGACGCCUCUGAGAGCAAAGCUGCAGAGCUGUAACGCCACCUGCUGUUUCUCCCUUGAAUGACAGUGAGACCUUGGGACAUUGAACUAUGGAUAUCUUGUGUCACUGGCAACUCUGGGUGUACAUUUGUCUUCAGUUUGGUGCUUUGUAUAGUUUGUCUGCCUGGAGGCUUGUUUUAUCAGGGGGGGUUUUUAUUUUUUUCUCUGAAACUCUAUGUUUGUCCACUUUGAGCCCCGCCCCCCUCCCCCCCCAACCCCACCCUCUGUGGUUUAAUGGUCUUAACAUAUAUAAUGUUAACGUGUAAUUUAAAUUACUAGUCAGUGUAUCUAAUUUAUAAAUGCCAUGCUAGACUUUUUGAAUAUUCUGUCAGGGUAUGAACAUGUGUGCUAUAAGAUGUUUUGUAAAGAAAUGUAGGUUGUGAACAUGGAUAUUGUUUUUUUAUAUUGUUUGUGAGUGUGUGUGUGUGUGUGUUGGGUGCAUGAGUGUGUGUAUUAGAUAUCAGCAGGUAUCCAUCCCUAAAACUCUUUACAAAGGUACCACAGUGACUUUACUUUUAUGAAACCUUAACAUUAAGCUCUUGUUUUUCUCUGUGAUGCUCAUAAAAAAAACCUUCAUGAACCUUUUUUUUUUUUUUUUUUACAUAUGGCAAGUCAACAUAUCUUCUUCCAGCAUUUUUAUACGUGCUGGCUGAGCUGAAAAUGCACUUAUUGCCAGUGGCCAACUGUGAAUGGAGAGCCUUUGACAUAAUGAGAGGGUUGGUGCAUGUGCAAGCAUGCUACCAUUACUCAUAUCCGCUGAAUGCUGUGGACCUAUUUUUACUGCUUUAUAACCAAUGCCCAGUGCUUGUAAUAUUAAAUCAUGACCUACAGUGUUGCUACUAAAACAUGUUACAAAAACUAUGGCGAGCCAAUGCGGUGUUUAUGCUUUUAUUUCAAAUUUCUCUCCUUUGAGACGAGUAAUGCCAGUGAGGAUGUUUGUUUGAAUUAAGAAUGCUGGAGUGUGUGUUUGUAUGUGUGUGUGUGCGCGCGAUUGUGUCGACUCUGCUGAUGCUGAGGAAUGGCGCCUAUUUUGCCUGAAGACUGUGAGCUCAGCUUGUGCCCCACUUAUAGAAACGUGUGACAAAUAAACUCUUGUUUCUCGUCA